AUGGGCAGCAAAGAAGGCAUCGAUAUAGUUAAGCGCCGGAUACCGGAGGCAAUGGAAAAAAUAGAUGACUGCAUCGCUAGAGCCAAAACCUUGACCGGCAAAGGAAUGCAGCAAUUUAAAGAAAGCAUCGGGAUCGUAAUGGAUUUGGCAGGGAAGGAAGCGGGCAAAAAGGUAGACGAUCUGGUGAAGUAUCAUGAUAAAAUCAACAUUGAGCUCGAAAAAAAGAAAGAUUUUCUUUAUAAUUUAUCCAAAGUCCAAGGUGAUCAGUUACGCUACGAAAAUUUGAUGAAUGUGGUUGUUACUAAACGGAAUGCGGUACUAAAGGAGCUUAGUGAAAUUGAGCGACAGAAACUGGAGUUAAUGGACAUGAAUAUGGAAAUAAAUAAGAAAAUACAGAAUAUUCCGGAAAAGGUUACGGAACAGCGCACAGUUAAGUCAACUCAUAAGGUCCUUUGGGGAAUGUGGUCGAGGAAAGGGUCAGAAGUGAUCGAUGUAGAGGUGACAAAUCCGAACAAGGAGGACGAUAAAAAAUUCUACACCAGCGUCAUCAACUCAAGGGCCAACCUCAUCGCCCGGGAAGACGGCACCGUCAACUCCAAGGACGCGGUGCUCAAGGACUUGAACGAAAAGUACGCCCGAUACUCGGCCGCGUACGCGGAGGCGUCUGCCGCCCUCGACGCAGCCAUGAAGAUGAAGGACGAAGUGGAGCGUGAAGUCAGUGAGAGCCUCGACUCGUAUUACAAGGAUAUCGAGGCGACAAAAAAGGAGGUUGCCCAGCUGGAGACCAAGUUGGGCCACCGGGAGGAGUCGCUUGUCAACUGUCUGACGCAUGUGAAGUCGUUCGGCGCGAGCAUGAAAGAGGGCGCCUCCGCAUACUCGCCCAUCAGAUGCUGGAAGAGUAGUUUACGAGAAAUGAAGUAA